GGCGGGCCGGUUGGGGAAGCGCCGAUUACCGGUUCCGGCCGGAGCGGGUCGUGCGGGCCAAAAGGCUUGGCCCAUUGUUGAGUGACGGGCCAACCCCCGGUCCUGUGAGCCGGCAUGUCAUGCCGGCGACGAGCCUAUCGUCGGACGCGUCAGUUGCUUCAAGCCAGCUUUUUCUGCCUCCAAAGGACCGACACGAGCAUGGCAUCCCUUUCUGAACGGACGGUUUGAUUGUGGCUGGUACUGCUCUUCUCGAGGUCAGACACAUCCGGCCGCGUACUUCUGCCCACACUUGGAGCUCUUAGCAACCAAACUUGACAACUUGUCAUUUGUACUUGAUCAAUAUCGAGGCAGUGAGUGUCGCUUAUCGGUGCACAGACUCAGAAGCCCUUGCGGACCAGAUCUUUCACCGUCGUGGCCAAAGCCGCCGCUCUCACAGUACCACUCGUCAUGGCCGCCUUGCCAUGGCGACCUCGACAGCGACAGAGGUGGCAAGCCGCCACGAUGAUACCCAGCGGCCUGCUAGCGCACCAGGCCGUCCGGCAUCCCUCACCAGCCGCAAAGUAGGCUCGUCCGCAGGAGAAUACAUCACAAGGAAGGAGGACGACGACGGCAUUGAGCUGCAACCUCUCCCACCGCCGGCACUGGCCCGAACAUCCUCGAGCGGCAACUCAUCGACGACGACAAGUGCGCACGAGUCGACAGGCACUCGCGAGCAUGGUGGCCAGCCGGGCCGUGCUCGGUCGAUAGCCUCGAGGCACUCGAGCACCGAGGACAUGCCCAAGAAUGCGCUGCAGCGGUUCUGGAGGGACCAUGUCAGUCUGCGGGUCGAGCACGCGUCGUGCCGGGAUCACUUGGCCCUGGAGAGAACAUAUCUGGGCUACUUCCGCACAUCGACCCUCCUGGCCACCACGGGCGUCUUCAUCACGCAGCUGUACGUGCUGCGGGAGCCGACGGAGCCCGUCGUCGGCAGCGCCACCGGCAUGGCCGUGGGCAGGCCGCUGGCCACGACGUGCUUCUCGCUGGCCCUGGGGACGAUACUCUGGGGCACCUGCCGCUUCUGGCGGUUCCAGCGGGCGCUUGUGCGCGGCAAGGCGCUGGCGGGAGGGUUUGAGCUUACCAUGGUGUUGGGGGUUUCUGUGCUCUUGCUCGUGACGAUGUUUGUUAUUACCAUUGUCAGCAAGGGUUGAAGUUCGCAUGAGGGCCCAGAAGAACGAAAAGGAUGGACGAAGACAGCCAGUUUCGACUUACAUUUCGAUCCCCAUGGCCUGAAUUGCGGACUGGGCAAUAUCUUGUGUCAACUUUGGGGGCAGCGAGCAGACGGCAAACACAACAGCGCACAGCCCAUGACGGCCUGAAAAGGCACUACAUGCGUACGAAUUCCUCAGAGAAACAAUAUUUGCAUAAUAGAUUGUGACAACACGAGCCAUUGUCAACUAUUCCCCA